AUGGCUCCGCUUUCCCUCGAGAACAUCAACCCAGGCGUACUUGAAGCGCAGUUUGCUGUCCACGGCGAAAUACCCCAAAGGGCUGAAGAACUCGGUGCAGAGCUGCUGCAGUCGUCCGAUCCAAUGAAGGAAUUUGGUUUCACUUAUAUUUUAAGGAACAACCUUGGUAACCCUCAAGAGAUGGGCCAAGAGCCAAUUACUUUUGCUCGUCAAAUAGCAGCUUUGGCAGAAUAUCCCCAACUAAGCACAUUGGUAAAAUUCCCUGAUGACGUUGUCAAGCGCAGUGCGGAGCUCGUCAAGGCCAACGGAGGUAGCAUUGGGGCAUACAGUUCUCCCCAGGGGAUUUCACUUAUCCGGGAACAUGUCGCUGAGUUUCUUGGAGAACGUGACGGGGUUCCGGCUGACCCAGAAUCCAUAUAUCUUACGGCGGGUGCUGCCGUUGGUAUAAAAUUAAUGAUUCAGCUUCUCGUUGCAUCAAAAGAAGAUGGAAUUAUGAUCCCUGUACCGCACUAUCCGCUAUACUCGGCCGUUCUAUCUCUUCAAAAAGCGCGGGAAGUAGAAUAUCGACUUUCAGAAGAAAAGGGGUGGCACCCUAGCCUAGAGUCUCUUGGAAAAAGUAUACAGGACUCUGCUGCUGCUGGUACACGUACAAGAGCUAUGAUAGUCACCUCUCCCGGGAAUCCAGUGGGAAAUGUGCUCGGUCUUGAGGCUAUGAAUGAAAUCAUCAGUUUUUGCGCUUCGCACAACCUCGUCCUGAUGGCUGAUGAGGUUUAUCAGUCAAAUAUAGCAAAUCCUAUCCUGAAAGAUUUCAUCUCCUUCAAACGUGCUCUCCUCAACCAUCCUGAUGAACAUAUUCGAACUCGAGUGCCGCUGGUGAGCUUCCAUUCAAUCUCCAAGGGUCAGAUUGGCGAAUGUGGUCGCAGAGGGGGAUUCUUCGAGAUUGUCAACUUCCCCAAAGAUGUGGUGAAACAGAUCUCCAAGCUUGUGGCUAUAGAUGACGCACCAGUUCAGGGACAAAUCGGAGUCGACGUACUAGUCCGCCCACCUAGACCAGGAGAGUCCAGCUAUGAUUUGUGGUAUCAGGAAACGACAAGAAUCCAGCAAAAAAUGAAUGAUAAUGCCAAGAAACUCGUGGAAUCCUUCAAAAGACUUCCCGGCAUCUCAUCCACCGAAGCUGAGGGUGCGAUGUACCUUUAUCCAAAAGUAGAACUUCCUCAAAGAGCUUUAGAAGCGGCUAAGAAAGCUGGAAAGAGUCCUGAUACCUUUUACUGCUUAGAACUCCUCGGAAAAGCCGGUAUUUGUGUUGUCCCAGGUUCAGGAUUUCGUCAAGCGGAUCAUAGUUUCCAUUUCCGUACCACUUUCCUUGGACAACACACGGACGAGUUUGUUCGACGCUUCACGAAAUUUCACAAAGAAUUUAUUGCCGAAUACCAGGACUAG